AAUCUUUUCCGGGAAAAUAUCUUACAGAACAGCCAGUGCCCAUCCUAAAACUAGUUAUAUUGGUAGUUGGUUUAUACUUUUCUGUCCUGGCCAGAGUUUGUACCAGCUAAAAACUCUUGCUUAUUUUCACAACUGGUUAUCUUAUUAUGUUAUAAAAAAGUAGAUUUUUAGCGCUUUUAAGAAUCUUCAACUUCUCAGUCUGUAUUUAAAUUUCUUACCUGGCCUCCGUUGAAUGUUUUGGAGGAGAAUUUGAAUCAGUUUAGAACACCAUUUUCUCUCCCAUGUGCUGUGUUAUAGGUUAGAACUGCCAAAGACAUCAAGUUGUAAUUUUUGUCGAAUGGUUGUGGUGAUGAAAUUUAUACUGGAAGGGUAAACUGAUGGGGACUGUAGCCUAUAUUAUCAUCUCCAUUAAAGCAAGUUUCCUGUAAUUUCUGUCUCCCAUGUUCCUUGCAGUAAAAGCAAGUAAAACCGUGGGGAGAUUGUGAGAAUACCUUCAAAUGUAUUAUCAGGUAUGCAUCUUUGGAUAUAAAAAUCUAUUGACCCGGCUGCUGCUUUUAAAUACAAAUGUGUAGCUCAUCUUAUUAAUUAUUCAAUCUAAAUAAGUGUAAAAUUUGCUGGCCGGUCAGCCCCUACAAUAUAGGAUACUAGUAGCAAAUGGUAAAUUGGUUUUAGUUGCAUGCUUACUUGUUGCUUUCACCAUUUAAAAUUGGUAGAACUAUUGAUGGAUUGUUAUAGUAAAAUGUACUAAAAAGAUGCUAUAAAUUUGGCGCUACAUUGAAAAAGGUUAACUUAAUUAAGCUAAACAGAUGGUCAGAUAGGUAACUUUGUUUUAUGAAAAACAAACUAAAACAGCAAGAAAACACAGUAACUACUCAUGUACAUGAGUCACUUCCUCAGCACUAAGACUCAUCCUUUGGUCUUCACACCAAGCACUAGCAAACUGAUCUAGGAUCUCCUCCUCCAGCCAAACGUUUCCAUACAUAGAAGAGGAACCUGCUGCUAACAAGUGAGCAAGUUAUCGUUGAAACACAAUUGGUUGCGGACAAACCGUAUCGCCCAACAAAGAACCCAGAAAUAUUCAAUGUUUUCCUUCUCAAACUGCAGCCAAUACAGACUUAUCCAGUCUAGAAAGACGAUAUCCACAUUACGAGUUGUACCUAGACCAAGAGCUCGAGCGAACCAAACACCACUAACCCAGCUAUAAACUUUAAGAAUAUGAUCGAUUGUUUCCUCUCCCUGCAUCUGGGGCAGCAGCUGUCACCGAUCUUUGUUCUAUGAUUUAACGCACUCUUUGUGGUGAGGCUAAUGCGGAGAAUACACCAAAUGAAAUGUUUGAUUUUUAGCGGAAUAUUUAGCUGGUUGAGUUGGUUAAGCUAAAUGCACCCACCAGAAAUGUAAUUUUGGAAGAGAAGAAUUUGUAAGGUUGACUUGACUUUUAGGCAGAAUUAAGUCUUUUGUGAAUUCUCAUCCUCAUUUCCUUACGACCUAUUGCUAAAGUUUUUCUAUGUACCUGCUAGUUUCUGCUAGUCAGAAUCAGUUUUGUGGGAAUUAUUAUAUGGAAGUGUAUGCUGUUAGUUUGGUUGUGUUGCUUGCUCUUGCAGCUAGUCUUGAUACAGGCUCUUGUGAUGGUAGCACAAAUGUGUUACGUAUUGAAAGUGAAAAACAAGCUCUUCUUCGUUUCAAACAACAGCUUAUAGAUCCUUCAGACCGAUUAGCUUCUUGGUCUGCUUCAAAACUGGAGUGCUGCAAUUGGACUGGAAUUAUCCAUGAUUGAUAACAGCUCGCAGGUGAUGCAGAAGCUGAAUUUAAAGAGGAAGAAGCUGAAUAUAAAGAUGAAGAUCCUGAGAUUGAAUCCGAAGAGGAGUCGGAAAUCUGAUGAUGACCAAAAUUUAAUGUUAGCAAAAGAGGAAAGGAACUCAAGGUCUUAUUCAGAUUGAGAACCAUAACCUUGCAAAGCCAAAGAAUGUGAAAGCUAGGGAAAUUGAUGUAAGUUUGGGAGCUAUAGACGCUUAUGUAGUGUUUUAGUCAUUAAGUUUUAUCGGAAAGUAACACUGUUUUAUUAUUAUAGAUUAGCUAAAUAACUGAGCUUUCAAGGGGUGAAAGGUUGGUAAAUGAUUUAACAUUCUACUGCAGAUUAGCUAAAAAUUCAUAUGUAGCAGUUCUGGUUGAAUAUGCAAGGUCUUUUUGUAAGCUUUAGUGGUCAUGAAAAAUCCCAAAGGAACCAUUUUUUUGUCUGCGUCUCAUUUGAACCGUUAACGCUAUGCAUUUCUUGUUGAUUUCUGCUUUGGUUUAUACCAAUUCUUCUUGGAAUUGCCUUGUAUUUUCUCUUUUUUGGUGAGAGUAACGGUAAGCUAAGGUACAAGUUUCAGGUCUGUCAUUAAAUAUUGAAGAGUUAUGGUAAAUUGGUUUUCAUUGCUUGAUAAAUUGGUCAACGUUAAUUAGUUUUAAUUGCAUGACCAGUUCUGCACAUAUUGCUAGUCUCUGCAUAGGAUAGAGUCCAGUCAGGUGAAAAUGACCCCAUUGAUUUUUAGCAACGAAGCAGCUCAGCACCUACCAGAAAUGAUUUUUAAAAAAAAAUUAAUAUCUAAGGUUGACUUGAUUUGUAGACAGAAAUAAGUCUUUGGUGAAUUUUCAUCCACAUUUCCUUACAACCUAUUGCUGAAGUUGCUCUAUGUACAGCUAGUCUCUACUAGUCUGAAUCAGUUUUUUUGGGUAUUAUUCUAUGGAAGUGUAUGCUGUUAGUUUGCUUGUGUUCCUUGCUCUUGCAGCUAUUCUUGAUACAGGCUCUUGUGAUGGUAGCACAAAUGUGUCAUGUAUUGAAAGUGAAAAACAAGCUCUUCUUCGUUUCAAACAAGGACUUAUAGAUCCUUUAGAACGAUUAUCAUCUUGGUCUGCAUCUAAUAAACUGGAGUGCUGCAAUUGGACUGGAAUCAUCUGUGACAAGUUAACCGGCCAUGUCAAAGAGCUCCACCUCGAUAAUCCGUACACUAAUUGGGAAAGGCAGAUGGAGAGUGAAGCAUUGGCGAGAUCAGAGCUUCAAGGUAACAUUAGCGCUUCAUUGCUUGAUUUGAAGUAUCUGAGUUACUUAGAUUUGAGUUUUAAUGAUUUUGGUGGAAUUCCAAUUCCCAGCUUCAUAGGUUCUCUAUUGAGUUUGACGUAUCUUGAUCUUUCUAAAGCUGGAUUUGAGGGAUUAAUACCUUACCAACUAGGAAAUCUUAUCAAUUUGAGCUUACUCCGUGUUCCAGUUUCUUAUUAUCGAGCGAAUCUGCACGUUGAGAAUCUGAAUUGGCUUUCUAAUUUAUCAUCACUUGUGCAUCUAGAUAUGAGUGGGGUGAACCUGAGUGCAGCAUCAGACUCAUUACAGAUAAUAAACAAGCUCCCAUCUUUAAUAGAAUUACACUUGUCUAAUUGUGGUCUUGUUCUUAUGCCUUCUUUGUCCCUCGUUAACCUUACUUCUCUUCAAAUCCUUGAGAUUUCAUACAGCUAUAAUUUUGGAUCUUCAAUACCCAAAUGGAUUUUUUCUCUUAGUAAUCUUAUUUCUCUCAGCUUGGAUCAUAAUUACUUUGAAGGUCCAAUUCCCAACAGUUUUUCAAACUUGACUUCCCUUAAAAUCCUUGAUCUUUCUAGUAAUGGCCUCACUGCUUCAUUACCUGAUUCGUUGUUUAAUCUUGAAGGCCUAGUCUCUCUAAAUUUGGAAUUUAAUAGUUUUGGGGAUGGAAUUCCCUAUGGCUUGAAAAACUUGACUGCUCUUAGAAAUCUUGUACUUGGUAACAUUGAUUUUGCGCCUGACACCAUUCCUGAAUGGCUGUAUAGCCUUCAAGAUAUUGAGUACCUAGAUCUCCGUAAUACUAAUCUGCAGGGGGAAAUCUCGAACGCCAUUCAAAAUAUGACUUCUCUAGUUGGGCUUGAGUUGUCAAACAACAAGCUUGAAGGGACACUUCCAAGAACCUCUAUCGGAUAUCUGAAUCGCCUGCGGUCGCUUCACUUGCGUAACAACAGCCUCUUCGGAGAAAUUCCUGAGACUCUUGCGAAUUGUAAACAGUUAGUGACUCUGGAUCUCGGAUUGAACAAUUUUUUCGGAAAUAUACCAGCAUGGCUAGGUAGUAGUCUUUCAAAUCUGAUGGUUCUCGAUCUCGGUUCAAAUAAGUUCAACGGUGAGAUUCCUCCAGAAAUUUGUCACCUAACUUCUCUUCAAAUUGUGGAUCUUGCAGACAACAAUCUAUCUGGUUCAAUACCUCGAUGCCUCAACAAUCUCACAGCCAUGAUUGAUAAUCCACAUUCAUACUACCAACUUUUUCAUUCCUUGAGCUUCGGAAAUUUUAUGGACGAAGCAUUGGUGGUGAUGAAAGGAAGGGAGGCUCAAUACGACACAGUUUUGACAAUGGUAACUAACCUAGACUUUUCGAGCAACAAGUUAUCAGGGGAAAUUCCAGAGGAGAUCACUGCUCUAGUGGAGUUAAUAGGAUUAAAUCUGUCAGGAAAUUAUCUGACAGGAGAAAUCCCAAAAAACACGGGUAAUAUGCAAAAACUAGAAUCAGUCGACUUAUCAAGAAAUCAGAUUUCCGGAAAUAUUCCUCCAAGCUUGUCUCGUCUGAUCAUCCUAAGUUACUUAGAUUUGUCGUACAAUAAUCUGUCAGGACAAAUAUUACACAGCACUCAGCUUCAAACCUUUCCUGCAUCUAGGUUUAUAGGUAAUAGGCUCUGUGGACCUCCAUUGACAGAGAAUUGGAGUAGCGAAAUUACGUGUCCAGAUGAUGAGAGUGGAAGUGAAAAUGCAGAAAGUGGAAGUGAAGAGGAAGGAUAUUUUGUGAGUAUGGCAUUUGGAUUUGGAAUGGCAUUUGGUUUCUGGUGGAUUUUAUGUCCGUUGCUCUUUAGCCGGAGAUGGAGAUAUUCCUAUUAUGCUUUCUUGAAUAGGAUGUGGAACAGUCUAUAUAUAAAGUUCGCCAUUGCACGUCGUGGUAACAUAUAGCUUUGUUGUUUUUAGUAUUUGUAAUUAAUUACUGGAAUGAGUAUUCUUGUUUGAUGUUUGACAGGCCUGGUGGUACUAUAAUUCAUUCAGAAUAAGCAUGAAUAA